AUGCGAUACCUCAGUAGUGUCGGGCUGCAGUAUAUGCUGAAGUCACCGUUCGAAAUCCUGAUAUAUCUAACAACAUCCAUUCUGUUUCUUUCCUCAGUAUUAGAACUCCAUUUAUUUUCACUGUAUCGGGCGCAGGAGUUCCAAUUUGUGGACAAGGAGAGCGUGGCACGAGUCCCAUGCAUUUUGGAAGACAAGGUAGAAGACGAUGGAUUAUCAUUCGGUUGGUACAAAAGAAGAGAGAAUGAGACGCUUUGUCUUGUUAAGAGCUGCUUGGAGAAGAACACUGUGAGCAGAUUUGCCUGCAAAACUGAAGGACAAAAGACCGUCUUGGAAAUCUCCCGUGCCCAAACAGAUGAUUCUGGCCUGUAUUUGUGUGCAAAGACAGACCUCACAUUUAAAUUCAGCAAUGUGUCUACUUUGCUGAUAGUUGGAGAUAGUUAUACUCCAAGCAGCUCCGUGGUGUUUUUGCAGCUCCGUGCUCCUCAAAACAACCGAGUGGCUUGUGUGGUCCAUGGAGUUUCUAACUUCGUCCAAGUGUCCUGGGACUCUGCUGGACCUCUGGAGCAAGAGACACAUCUGGUGAAGAACAGCAGUGGCUUCCUGACUUUCCUCAGUGUCCUUCACAUCCCUGGGGGCUCACACAGGACUCUGAAGGACAUCAUAUGCAAAGUCAAAUUCAAUUCAUCCCACACUGGGGUCAAGGUGAAAGGCACAUUCCCUGCAGCAUCCUCCACAGGAGUCAGUGCCAACUGCCUAAACUACUUGGUACCCCUGGCCGUCCUGAGUGUGCUGGCAUGGCUAAUGCUUCUUGUCAGCUUUCUGUGGAUUCGACUGGGCCCUUCCAGGCCAGCUUUUCGAGGAUUCUGGACUUGGUUCUCUGGGCCUCCAUCUUCGGAGAUGCCACAGGUACUGCUCUUUUCAGGCUGGAAGUGGAGGGUAAAGAAUGUCUCUAGCUUUUAAGAACAUAUGUGCAACUCUCACUCAAAAUAGCAAUUCUUGUCCAUGGUUUGGGAGCAUGUGCAAAUGGUUUAUCUGUGCAGGAAUGCAGUGGAAGACAGUGAGGAGGGGAGAUAAUUUAACAAGGUUUUGGAGGCGAUAUUAGCAUGAAAUGGGUUUGUGUGAAGGGGCUGUGGUUGUUUUGAAUCUAAUUCCUUCAAAUAGCAGGUGAUGGUAUGAAGCAAGUCUGACAAUCAGAGAAAUAAAGAUGGAGAUGGUGUAAUAAAAUCUGCACACCCCCAGUAGUGAACAGAGUAAAGCAUCAAGCGACAGGCCCACCGGUGUCCCUUGGCUGCUAGUUCUUUGAGCAACCGGUCUUUAGAGGUACACUGCCCCUGAACAUGGAGGUACCUCUAAAGACGGGUUGCUCAAAGAACGAGCAGCCAGCCAGCUCUGUUCCCUUUGUGCUCUGCUAUGAACGAAGAGCAACUGUCGGAUGCGCGAUGCAGGGUUGGCCUUUUAAUUUCUCUUUUGACCUAACCUGCCUCAGAGGAGUCAUUGUGGGGAUAAAGUGAAAGGAGCUCAUAUUUACCAUUUCAAGGAAGAAUAGACUUACAAGGAAACCACCUGUGGUCAGAGUCGAACCCAUUCGAGAUGCAGGCCAUGUUGUUAUAUAACUCUUAGCUUUAGACCUGAUUCUGAUCUGCUUGGUCUGCAUCUCUGUCGCUGCUCACACCGCAUCUCUGGGAUAGGGCAGGCUGAAAAGCUAAAUGAGCAACAAGGAGCAGUAAUAUUUGGUGCUGUGCAUGGAGAUGCUUCCACGUGGAUUUCUGGUCUUUCCAGGAAUAGCUGGGAAAGUUCCCUGCCCAAAGCCCUGGAGAGCAGGCGCUAGGUCAGUACUGACAAUGCUGAGCUAGAUAGACCAAUUUUGCAGGUGGCAGCUUCCUAGGCGCCUACUGAAAUCAUGGUUUGAUUUCAUUCCGAACCAUGAGGACUAGAAUCUUACUUUCCUUGUAGGGGAAAGACCACACAACUCAGUGGCAGGUCACCUGCUUUGUAGGCAGAAGGUCUCAAGUUGCAAUUAAUGGCACCCUUAUUCUGAAAAUCUGAUAUCAAAUGCCCUUCACAGCCCCUUUUGGGCUGGUGGGCACAUUUGAAAUGUCAAGAGAUAAUUGUGCAAAUUCUCAUGGGGUCCAGGCUUAACCAUUCAUAAAAUGCCCACCAGAGUGGCCAUGGCCAAUCACAGAAACAGCCUUUCCCCAAAACCAAAGCUGGCAGGAUUUAAAAGAAGAAUAAUUUACCUGUUAAUAAACCCACACUUGUGGUCAAGCUGUAAAACGAAACAAACACUGUUUGAGCUCUGCUAAGGAAGUACUGGAGCACAGCACAGAUCUUUGCAAUAGGCCAGUCACCACUACUCCAAGUUUCAAAAGUUCUGCAGAAACCAAAUGAAACUCAGGCCUAGUGGUUAGUCCAGUAGAGGAGCUAGCGACUGUUGGGUGCCAUGCUGGAACCUGCAGGACUAGACAAGCUGGAGCUGAUCCGGUCAAAAGAAAUGCCUUCUGCUCCAAGUAACAGGGUUUCUCCCUCUGCGAAACAGGAAGAACCUUGCUAUAUACAGCUGGAUUUUUCUUCAAAGAAUGAGAGAAGGUGAGUGCUGAGAGAGAGACAUCGAAAGAUUUGGAAGCACCCUAAGACAAGCCAGUGCUCUGGAAGGGGCAGCCAGUUUUUGGACUCUGAUCUGAGGGGUCAGAGUCCCUGGCUCAAGUCCACGCUUGCUAACUUUGUGCCGGUUACAGUCUCUCAGCCUGUCCUACCUCGUAGGGUCGUUGUGAGAGUAAAAUGCAGGGGAGAAUUGUGUAUGUUGCUUUGGGCUCCUGGAAGGAUGUGCGUGCUAUAAAUAAUAAACGAAUAUGUCUCAUCUCUUUUUCUUUAAUGAAUUUCUUUUUUCCUGGUAAGAAGAGGGGCGGGGAAUUGACAAAAGCAGCAGGCAAGUAUGAGAAGGUUGCUCAUAUGGAAGUUGGAGUCAGAGUCCUAUCUUUCCAGAGAGGAUAUGAAGACAUGCAGCCGUUCUGGAGAUGUCUUUUGGAGCCUGAAAGAAAGCUCUCUGAAUGAGUGGUGAAUUGAAUUACAUAGAAAUAUAGAAACAGAGCGAGUCAGAAGGGGCCUCCCGGGCCAUCUAGUCUGACCCCCGGCUCCAGCCGCCUCCGCUCACAACAUGCCUCCCAUGUGCAUGUCCAGCCUGUCCUUGAACACCCUCACCGGUGGGGCCUCACCCACCUCCCGUGGAAGCCCGUUCCAUACCUGAGGGGUCCUCACUGUCAGGAAGUGCUUCCUGGCAUCUAAAUGAAACCUUAUGCAGUGUGCUUGCUGUGGAUUUGAACGUACUCUCUCAUCUUUCCCCAAAUGCCUGCGUUUUCGAGGGUCCACCGCCUAGCAGGCACCGACCACAAAAGUCCCCUGGAGUUGCUGCUCUCCUUCCCCUCUGCUACUUGCUGUUCCACCUGCCUCUUACCUGUCCCAGGGAACAGUGGUGGUGGUGAGGAGUGGAUCAUGCCAUGCCCUCCAGGUUUCCCGGCUUUCUGCCUGUUAGACGAGCAAGUGGGAGCCAUGGCAAGGAAAAGAACGGCCAAGGCAUCAAGUGCCCAUGGUGCUAACGGGUUCAGCUUAUUAAGGGAGGGAGCCUACUUGAAGGUGUCUUGGCUGGAAGCCCCUCCAAACCUUGAACCAGCUUCCCUGGAAGUCCUCCUCAUGCAUUCAUCUGACCCCCUAAUCUGAGCUUGCUUUGGUGGCAGGUCCCUUCACCACCUCGAACCAGAGAGCCAAGUAACACCUCUUUCACAGAGAGAAAGGUAACACCUUUAUCCUCCUGCAGAACUUCAUGCCAACUUCUGUGAAAACACAGAUAUUCGCAUUUGCAUAGAACAAAGCAGAGAAGCCCAAAUUCACACUC